CCCGCCCUAUUGCGUAUUCCUUUCAGGCAUCCACAUCUGAACAUCGCGCCUAAACAAUGACUUUUGCACUCAAACCCAUCCUUUCCUUCUCUUCCUCCUUUCUCUUUUGACACUGUAUUGACAACUUACAGUGUCGUGCAACUACACUUUUCUGGCCACGCCGAUUUAUCGCUGUAACUUUGACAGUCGUUUCCCUUUUGGUCUCGCCGCUUUUCCGUGAAAUACGUACUACGGCUUUUCCGCAGCAACUAUCAAUUCUGGCCGCAAAGCAAUGUCAAUCCGGCGUGGCAUUUCCAGCGCAACACAAUGGCUCGCCCAAGAAUUCGGACUCGCAACGAUGCGGAAGACGGGAAAAGACGUCUACAUCAUCAUUCUGGCGCGGUACCUGCGGCUCUUUGCCUACGGCGCCAUCGCGCUUAUUCUCGCGCUUUUUUUCCAAGAGCAAGGGUUUUCAGACGAGCAGAUUGGGCUUUUUAUGACGUUGACGCUGCUGGGCGAUGUGGUGAUUAGUUUGCUGCUUACGCUUGUUGCGGAUUCGCUGGGACGGCGGAGGACGCUUCUGCUGGGUGCGGUGUCGAUGGCGGUAUCAGGUGCUGUGUUUGCGAGUACGAGUCAUUAUUUUGCGUUGCUUCUUGCGGCGAUUGUGGGUGUGAUUAGCCCAACGGGAAACGAGAUUGGGCCGUUUCGAGCGGUAGAGGAGUCGACGCUUGCGCAUUUGGCAGAUGAGAGGGAGAGGGCGGAUGUGUAUACUUGGUAUGUUGUUCUUGCUGUGCUGGGGACGUCGACGGGGUUAGCGGUGGGGGGUGUUGCGGUUGAAAGGUUACAGGCUUUGGAAGGUUGGACGGCUUUGGAUGCGUAUCGUGCCAUGUUCUGGAUUUAUACGGGUGUUGGGUGCGUCAAAGCACUCAUGGCGCUGUGUAUGAGCCAGCGGUGUGAGCAGAAUAAUGCAGUCGACAAGCAGAGCGUCAACUCUGGAUCUGCAGAGACAGAGCCACUGCUGGCUGAAAGUCAAGAUACUGGAAGUGUGAAUGUGCCGGUAGAAGAGGAACGUUCUGUGGAACCUAAGAAGAAGAGAAGGUUUUGGUACUCCAUCAGCACAAUAUCAAAACCUAGUCGUGUGGUACUAGUCAAGCUUUGUAGCUUGUUCUUCCUUGAUUCUCUGGGCUCGGGCAUGGCUCCGUUCAGUUUGGUCAACUACUACAUGGACCAGAAGUUCAACUUGCCAAAAGGGAAACUUGGGGGCGUCAUGUCAGCAACUUGGUUCGUCUCAACUAUUGGCAAUGUCUUCGCCUCUAGUCUAGCCAAGCGCCUCGGCUUGAUUCAAGCCAUGGUAGCCACUCACCUCCCGUCAUCUAUCUUCCUAGCUCUUCUCCCGGUCCCAGCUGGUCUCGCUCCAACUAUCUUCUUACUUGUUUCUCGCUCUGUACUCAACUCGAUGGAUCAAGCACCAAGGUCAGCCUUUCUCUCCAUUGUCGUGCUACCAGGAGAGCGCACAGCCGUCAUGGGCGUAGUCAACAUUCUAAAGAUACUGAGUCAGAGCGCUGGUCCGACCUUUACGGGCCUUCUUGCUGGCAAUGGUCAUUUUUGGGUGGCUUUUGUGACGGCGGGUUGCUUGAAGGCAGUAUAUGAUCUACUGUUGCUGGCGUUUUUUGGAGGCAGAAUAGAGCCACGGAGACAUGAGAGCGAGCAGACUGAGAACAGGGUAGACACAGAUGGAGACAUGGAGGUCAGUCUGUCUGGGGAACGGACCGAUGUCCAAAGGCCUGCUUGAUUGUUUAUGGCACAACCUUUUAGAUGUGGAGAGCAGGCGUCUGCUGACCGGCAGCCACAGUGCCGAUGGUGAAAAUGGACCAUUGAUAGUGAAGUGUUUACGAAAGCGCUCUUAGCUAGCGAAAAGACAAUUGAAAACAAGUCAGCCAA